AUGUGCACGGAUCGUGAGAUGUGCAAGUGGCUCGUGGCGCAGCUGUGCGACUGCAUCGAGACGGGCCAGAUCUGGGUGAUGACGAAGACGUACGCGCUGCUGUCCGCCCUGCUGUGGCGUGGGUCGACCGCGUUUGUGGAGGUCGCGCGAAUGCAUGGCAGGUCUCUGUUCCAGCCCGUCCGUCUGGCCAGCUUGAUACGCAGCACGCCGCAGGAGAACCUGCCAGGGACGCGGCUGCCGUGCUCGCUGCAGCCCCUGCUGAACGCCAGUGCUGCGUCUACAGGGAGCUGCCGUGCACCGCUGCCACCGACGCCCAAUCCCCAUGGCUCCACAGAGACGGCGAUGGAGGCGGGACACGGCAUCGUCGGCGGAGAUGCGACGACCGCGCAAACAUCGCCUGCAGCCUCCGGCGUGUUCGACGAGCGCUUCUCGUGCCUUAUUGCGAAUACGGCCUACUUAGAGUCCCUGUGCGACUACCGCAUGCGCCACCCCACACUGGACCUGGCGCAUGGCGAGAUCGUUGCCACCGGCACCAACGUGGACAUCAGCACGGCGGCGGCGAUGGACGCCGGCACGCACUGGCCCACCACGUGGAAGGAGCUGCUGGACGACACGCUGGAGCUGAUGAAGGCGAUUUCGGCGACCAACCCCCAAGGCUGCCCCUGCCCCAUCGGGGUCGCGAUGGAGACGAUGCGCAUGCGCAACGCGGUGCUGCUGUACCAGGUGGCGUGCCGUGCGCUGGUGCGGCUCCUGCACGCCGUCCUGACGAUGCAGCACAUCUUUGUGUCUACGCUGCAGGAUGGCCUGCAGGUGCCGUCGUCGGGUCGAUCACCGUGUGGCACCCCCAGUACACUGUCCCCCACCGGCAGCGGACACGACUACUUCGGCAAAGACGCCUUCGGUCACAUCUACCCCGAUUACUCCCUCACACCUGACGUAAUGCGCGGCUUCCUGCAGGACUACUACUACGCCAUCUACCAGUUCAACCGCACCGUGGGCAUCGUAAAAGCCUACUGCGAGUCCGCGCAAUACUUGCACGCAGAAACAUCGAAGCGGCUGCUGGAUGUCUUCAAACUGCUGCCGGAGGCCUCCAUUCGUGAGUUGAAGCUCUCCCGCCCCGCUGGCUCGCAUCCCCUGCACACGCCCCUCACGAAGCUCCACGACGCGGCGGUGCAUUCGGCGGAGGGGGAGGGUAGCGAGGCAACAAACACGUCCGAGACGGCAUCGUCGCGCCGCGCCACCUGCCCCUCUCCACCGCUGGCCGACGAGGAGGUGCAGCUAAGCAUGCUAGAGGUGUGCGAGUACCACGUCGCGAAUCGCGCGUACCGGGAGAGAGUGUGGGAUCAUCAGGUAGACGCGGUGUGCGGCCUCUUCGAGGACGCCGAGGCCACCAUUCUCCAACAGAUCUUUCGCGCCGGCCUCAGUGGGCUGUGGGAGCAGUGGCGGGACUUCACGAACAACGGCGCAGCGGCGGCGGAGAAGGCGCUGAUGAGCUCGAACAGCUCCGCGAAGCUCGCGGACAGCAGUGGUCCUGGCGUUAACUCAUCCGACGGUGGCGUGACGAGCGACUGCUCCCCCAAAAAGCUGAGCAGCACCAUCGACAGCCUGACGAAGAGCUCCACCUACAUCCUGCGCUCGCUGCCCUUCAGCGUACGAGCAAAAGGGUCGCCGAAUGUGAAGUCCGACGUCAUCUCCGUGAACCGGUCAUCGCUGGAGAACUCGACGGAGAGCGCGAUUGACGCGCUGCUGCUGGAGGACGACGUGGUGGUGAUCUGCAACGAGGAGUGCUCGUGCAACGACAAGCUGAAGCUGAUCGACCGCUUCCAGGUGCUGAUGGACGUGCCGCUUGGGGAGGGCAGCUACGGCAAGGUGUACCGCGCGUGGGACGAGGUGGUCGGGUGUUACCUUGCGGCGAAGGAGCUGCAGCUGGACGCGAGCAAGGCGCACAACGUUGCGGUGCGCGAGGUGCUGCAGGAGUACACGGUGCUGACGGAGCUGUCGCACCCGAACAUCGUGCGCGUUGUCGCGUUCAUGGUGCUGAAGCAGACGGCGCGGAUCUACAUGGAGUGGAUGCCGUCUGGGUCGCUGCAGGACGUGCUGCGCCACCACCCACGCGGGAUGCUGCGCGAGAGCGUUGUGCGGCGCUACGCGCGCGACGUGCUGUCGGGGCUUGCGUUCCUGCACUCGCGCGGCGUGAUCCACCGCGACGUGAAGCCCGGCAACAUGCUGCUGAGCUCUGACGGCGCGGUGAAGCUGACGGACUUCGGCACGAGCCUUGUGCUGAGCGGCAAAAGCCGUACGCUGGAGUCGAACGCUGUGACGGGGACUGCUGCGUACAUGGCGCCAGAAAACAUGCAGGGCACGCAGUCCCCCGCGUCUGACAUCUGGUCGUUCGGCUGCUCGCUUGUGCAACUGAUCAGCGGCAACGUGCCGUGGUACAACCCAAAGACGAAGGCGUUGCCGGAGCCGAUUGCGCUGCUGUUCAAGAUUGGCAGCCUGGAUGACGCGACGCACCUUGAGCGCCCCCACGAUGUGCUCAAGGACGCUGUGCAGGCUGGGCGGGUGGAUGAUGACCUUACCACAAACCCAAGUUCCGUCCCGAGUUCUGAGGUGGAGGCUGAGGAAGCUGGCCCGAAGAAGCCGAGUUCGAAGGAUGGUGUGGACGCGGAGCUGCUGAACAUGCUGGACUCUAUCUUUGUUGUGGACCGCAAGAAGCGUCCGUCCGCGAGUGAGCUGCUGCAGCACCCCUUCUUCAAGGUCGCGUGA